AUGUGUUUCUUGAUAGCAGUUAAUUCUUUCGACUCUCUCUCUCUCUCUCUCUCUCUCUCUCUCUCUCUCUCUCUCUCUCUCUCUCUCUGUGGGAUUUUUAGGUUCUCACAUUUUCUUUCUUUCUUUCGUUCUCUCUUUCUUUCUCUCUUUUUCUUUUUUCUUUCUUUCUUUCUUACUUUUUUUGGAUUCUCACCUUUCUUUUUUUUUCUUUUUUCUUUUUCAUUUUUUUCCUUUUUCUUUCUUUCUUUCUUUCUUACUUUUUUGGAUUCUCACAUUUUUCUUUCUUUCUUUCAUUCAUUCAUUCAUUCUUUCUUUCUUUCUUUCUUUCUUUCUUACCUUUUUGGAUUCUCACAUUUUUCUUUCUUUCUUACCUUUUUGGAUUCUCUUUCUUUUUUUUUCUUUCUUUUUCUUUCACGCUUUCUUUCUUUCUUUCCUUUCAUUUGGGUUUUUCAUUCUUUUCUUUCUUUCUUUCUUUCUUUUUUCUUUCUUUUACCUUUUGGAUUCUCACUUUUUUCUUUCUUUCUUUCAUUCUUUUCAUUCUUUUCUUUUUCUUUUUUUUUUUUCCCCUUUUGGAUUCUCUCAUUUUUCUUUCUUUCUUUCUUUCUUUUCAUUCUCUUUUUUCUUUCUUUCUUUCUUUCUUUCUUUCUUUCUUACCUUUUGGAUUCUCACAAAUAUUUGGGUUUUUUUCUUUCUUUUUUUACCUUUUUGGAUUCUCACUUUUUUUUUCUUUUUCUUUCUUUCCUUUUUUUGGAUUCUCUUUUUUUUUUCUUUCUUUUCUUUUCUUUUUUUCUUUCUUUCUUUCUUUCUUUCUUUCUUUCUUUCUUUUUUAUUACCUUUUGGAUUCUCACAUUUUCUUUCUUUCUUUUCUUUCUUACCUUUUUUGGGUUCUCACAUUUUCUUUUUUCUUUCUUUCUUUACCUUUUUGGAUUCUCAUUUUCUUUCUUUCUUUCUUUCUUUCUUUUCUUUUCAAAUAUUUUCUUUCUUUCUUUUCUUUCUUUCUUUCUUUCUUUUUUUGUUCCUAACAUUCUUUCUUUAUUUAUUUAUUUCUUUCUUUCUUUCUCACCUUUUGUUCUCAGCCCUUUCUUUUCUUUUUCUUUCUUUCUUUGGGUUUUCUUUCUUUCUUUCUUUCCAACAAAUAUUUGGGGUUCUUUCUUUCUUUCUUUCUUUCUUUCUUUUUUCUUUCUUUCUUUCUUUCUUUCCCACAAAUAUUUGGGUUCUCAUACUUUCUUUCUUUCUUUCUUUCUUUCUUUCUUUCUUUCUUUCUUUCUUUCCCACAAAUAUUUGGGUUCUCAUACGCUUUCUUUCUUUCUUUCUUUCUUUCUUUCUUUCUUUUUUGAAAUAGUAAUCUUUUUAUUUUUCUAUCACUACACUGUCACUACCCCCAUUCCAAUUCCACAUAAUAGUCUAGUUAAUGAUGCUCGCAGGAGAUUCCCUAUUUUCUUUUUUCUUUUCUUUCCCUAA